GUAUUAGUGUUCAUUUCCUGGUAGAAUUCAGUACAAUCGUUUCAGGGUCAUUUUGGAUCUGGGUGUUUAUGAAUGUGACAUCAAAAUAAAAUACAAAAAUCCAUAUUAUCAGUUCAUUACAUUUUAGCAAAUUAAAACGUUAGUGAACAGUAAAUUCAGAAUGAGUCCAUGUAAAUAAUAAAAUAUGGCUUAUUCAGUUAAUACAACACCAUUGUUACAUUCUCAAGAUUCAGAUAUUGAAGAAGAUGUAAAUGAAAUUAGUAUAAGGGACAGCAAACCUUUACUUAAAGUGUUAGAACCUCAGGAUAAGUUUUAUGCAGCCUAUUUUAUAUUUUAUUUAUUAGGCAUUGUAAGCUUAUUACCAUGGAAUUUCUUUGUAACAGCUGAUGAUUAUUGGAUGUAUAAAUUUAGAAAUGUGAGCAGUAAUGUUAGUACAAGAGAUGAUGCACCUACUAGGAAUACAUUGCAAGCUGAAUUUACAUCUUACCUUAAUUUAGCAUCAUGUUAUCCAAACCUAGUUAUGUUGAUUUUAAAUACUGUGAUAAUUCAAAAGGUGUCACUUAAUAAAAGAGUCUUGGCAUCUUUAGUUGUUAUGUUAAUUUUAAUGUUAAUAACCUUAGUUUUUGUAAAUCUGAAUACUGAUAGCUGGCAAGAAGCAUUUCUGUGGUUGACCUUAUUUAUUACUCUGUUACUUAAUGUUGUAAGUCCUAUUUUUGGUGGAAGUAUAAUGGGUAUAGUGGGAAAAUUUUCUCAUACUUACAUCACAGCAGUGGUAGGAGGACAAGCUCUAGGAGGAAUUUUUGCAGCCCUUACCCAAAUUGCGGCCUUAGCCAUAGGGGCUUCCUCGACGCAUUCCGCUCUAGUCUAUUUCAUCAUAGGAAAUUUAACCAUACUUUUAGCAAUACUUUUAUAUUUGUAUUUAUCGAAAUCUGCAUUUUUCAACUUUUACGUUGGUGAUCAAUCUGUGAUAAACAAUAUCCAAAAUGAAUCUCUACAAUAUCAGGAAGUAGUUUCUUACAGAAUUGUUUUAAAGAAGAUAUGGGCUUAUGGAUUGUGUAUUUUCUUCAUUUUUGUUGUAACAAUAUCUGUAUUUCCCGGAGUUAUGGUAUUGAUUGAAUCUGAAGGCAAAGGACAUGGUAGUAGAUGGAGUGACAAAUCAUUUCCAACUUCAUCGUCGACUCCAGAUUUGAGUUUAGAACCACCUGAUACAGAGUCUUCAUCAAUCGAAUCUUCAACAAUAUCUCUACAAAUUUUAUUUUCUCAGUCAAUAGAAACACAACCGUCAACAUCUCAAGAUGAAUCUUCCACGACAUCUCAGCCGACUCCAAUUUCUGACUCAAUAGAUACCUAUUUUGUACCAACGAUAACAUACUUACUGUUUAAUUUUGGAGACUAUAGUGGAAGACUUGUUGCAUGCAGAAUACUUAAGCCAAAAAGCAUAACCCUAAUAACAAUAUUUACAGUUGCUAGAUUGAUAUUCGUUCCUUUGAUAUUAUUAUGCAAUUGCCAACCUAGACACUACUUGGCUGUAGUGUUUGACAAAGAUUAUAUGUACAUCAUAAUAAGUUUUGUUUUUGCAUUCACAAAUGGUUAUUUGAUGAACCUCAUCAGUAUUUUAACCCCUAGAAUUGUUGACCAUCAUGAGAGAGAAGUAGCAUCGUUAAUAACCGUAGUUUUCCUUGCAGUCGGUUCUGCGCUAGGGUCUAGUAUUAGUUUAUUUAUGAUAAGACUUCUAUAAGUUUUUUCACCAAACUAUAUCAACAAAAUGCCAAAGCAUUUAGUUGGCUAGAGUUUAUGAAAAAUGUGAAAUUAGCGACAAUGCAAAAAAAAUUAUAUCCAUUUCAUUUUUUCAACGUAAUUUGUUUUAUAAAUAGGUAAUUAAUACCUAACAUUUACAUUCGUAGGAUUUCUUGUUCAUAAUUAUUUUCGGAAGUUAAUAUUACCACAGGUGCAUCGAUCCUUGAAGCUAUUCUCUAAAUAGAUCCAUUGUGAGAGAUUUUUGAGAAAAUAAUGCAUAUUUUUCUCUAAGGGCCCGUCGAUUUUUGUGCGAAGUAUUUUUGAAAUAAUCUAUUACCACUUAGAUUAAUCAUUUUGUUCAAAUAAAACGGGGUACAUUCGUUUAAAAACAUAUAGUCGUACUAUAGAAAAUUAGUUCACAUAAAGUGUGUCAUAUGAUGGACGUAAAAAUUGAUUUGGACACUAUUCUUCAGAAUUAAGCUCAUUUUUGAUCUAAAUAUGCCAUCUGCUCUUAGAAUUUGGGAGCAUCAUGACCUUACUAUUCUCGAGCACUGGUAUUUACUUACAGGCAAUUUUGUAGUCGAGAGACACGCAUCUUCGAAUGCUACAACAUACCGUGUGAAUUUUUAAUUAAUUUGCAUGGUUCAUUAUAGGAUUUAAUGGGUGACAUAUUAGAACUAAUUUAAUUUCUGUUAAUAUGGCAUCCAGGUUACAAAUCGCUAUGUGUUACCGUCUCGAUGAUGGUGGGUGAGGUUUCCUUACCUGCAAGUCAAAUGACACCAUUAAUCACCUUUAAGUCGCCAUGGAGCGCCACGGCAAAUAAUAAUAAUAGCCGUCCUUCCCUACACAAGCUCAGUCAGCUUCAGGAGUUGAAAUUCACCUAAAUAAUUCAGUUGAGCUACAGCCAAAUCAAUCCCUUAAAUUCCUCAACCAGGAUUAUAUACAUCUUCUUGGAUUUCUUCUUGUACCGAUAUCUCUAUGAGCAGAUUUUAUCCAAUCACAUUGCAAUAAAUACAUUUCUGAUUUUAGUUGUAUUCAGUACUUCCUUUUUACUUCUAAUUUUAGAUUAGAAACUGAUCAUCUUAUUUUUUUUAGACUUCUGUAUGUUCUCAUUAAGCCCCUGCUUCAUCUAAAAGUAAGAAAUACACCCACUUGGAUAUUUUAUCUACGGAAAUAGUACAAAACGAAAAAAUAUGCUAUUGCCUUUAACUGAACGAAUAUAUUUCAUAUCCAUUCUAGGUAGUGAGAACACUGCAAAAAAAUUAAAUCCACCAAUCACCGUUCAUAUUUUGAUCAACCGACUGCUAUUAUUUUUAAAAUUUUAAAUAAGUUACAAUUCUGUCAAACUAAUUGUCAGUAUAUUUUGUAGUCAUUCAGAUUAAAUAUACAUUAAAAUGGGUUAUUCUUGUGUAGAAUCGAUAAAUAAUAGCAUUUCUGUUUUUAUUUCGUCUAUAAUUAUAAAUAUUUUGUUAAUUUAAAUAAAAUUUAAUUACGAGUAUUAAAGCAACAAUAUUAAAAGACUAGGUGAUCGCGUGUGGUGAAUUUUCGGAUGGGGAAAUACUUUUUUCUUUUUUUUUUUCGUUUAUUUUUAUUUUAAAAAUUAUUAAAAGUCAUAAAUUAUUCUAAAAUUAGUUAUUUUGUCUUAAUAACCUAAAACAUUUUUUUUAAUUUGUAAAUUUUCGUUAGAUGGUCGUAGAAAAAAUAUAAUGUACAACUAGAGUGGAUUGUCCACAUCGCAUCAUAUCCACUAUUGUUGCAUAAACUACUAUACUCGAUCCUACACUAGAUACUUUUUUUUAAUUUUGACAAGUAAUGUGAUUUAUUUUUCACAGUAGAUAAUUGUUUUCAUUAUAAGACAAUCUCCUCGCUGUUGACUUUGACGACCAGUAUAGCAAAUUCAUCGCCGUUUUCUUCAUAGGAUGUGUAAAAAAAUAACAAUCUUUAUGAAUAGUUCCAGAUGCUUUGGAGAGUAAUUUCCGUUAAUGGAUUUUUUUUUCACACUUUCAAACCGAUCCAAGAUGAUGUUCUCCUUAGUAAGCAAAAUCAAAGUUAGAGUAUUGAUUAUAAUGUUAUAUCUCUGUUGUUUUUCUUUGGAUAUAAUUCAUUGCCUCUUGAAGUAUUAGCCAAUGGAGUAGUUGUUUUCCAGAAGGAAACUGUCGCGCUUAUAAUUUUGUGCCUUUGAGAUUUUCUUAUUGUUAUUGGUCACAUUUAAAAUUAUAAAUGAGUUAAUAUGCUUGUUUAAUCAAAAUGUGAGCUAAGUCUGAGAUAAAAGUCUAAAUCAUUUUUUUUGUCAUUUACUCGUAUUCAUGUCACACACAGUAUGUUCGUGACAAAAAAUUAUGUUCUAGGUAAACAUUUGAGCUUUAAAAAGAUAAAUAAUAGAGUCGACCAAUUUUUGAAACAUAUACCUAAAUAAAAAAAAUCUUAAAUUUACACAUAUAUUUAACAAAUAUUAUAUCAAUAAAAUUUGAAACAAAUUUUAUUUAUUUUUUUAUAGAAAAACAUUACAAAAAAACUUAACUACCAAAAGUGUUUCAUUUGAAAUGGUCAAAAUCAUUAAAUAACUAAAUUUACCUAACAUCACGCCUCCAUCGGCCAUGGGCGUGCAGUUGGUGAUAUGUUCUUAUCCUAUAUAUAAUUCUAGGUACCUGUUCCUUAAAAUGUUCCAUCAUUAUCCUUAUAAUAGCUAGACUAGCCAGUCCCAUAAAAGUACUCUGAUUUUCUUGAAGUUCUGGUAGAAAGUACUUAGAUUUUUUUUUACCUUUUUUGUGGAUGUUAAUCAAUCCAUAAUAAAAUAACCAUACUGGGACCCGCCUUCGAGGUUCAGUUCGCAUGGAUAGUUUUUUUUUUUUUUUUUUUUUUUUUUUUGUGUCAUCGGCUUCAACUGCUAAGGUUAUUUCGCCUCGUGUUCUGUAUUAGGGACUCGCCAUUAUCCUUCUUAAUUUUUCAGUAUCUGACGGCAGCACCUUUUGGUGAUCUGUCUAUCUUCGUUUUUGUACUGACCCUUCUUUCAUCCAUAGCCACUCUCUUCUCUAGAAUACCAAUAACUUAAUUGAUGCUGUUACAGCUAAUGUAUUUGUAGAUCUAUAAGCCGCAUGCCAUGCCAUUUUCCUGCUCAUUUUUGUUCUCAUAUUUUCAUAAAUCUUAUUCAUUUUAGGGCACUGCUAUAUCGAUGAUGCAUAUAUCGAUAAUGAAAGAUACAAGAGGCAGUAGUACUGACCUUACUAGAGCUUGUGUUCAUCUGAUGUUAGACGCAAUUUUACCUAGGUUCUUGAGGGAUAGCUUUCACAAAUACAUUUACAUCCAUACUUACAAAGCAUUUUUAAAUAGUUAUACCUACGUGUAAAUCAAAUAUAGAAACGUUAAUUCAGAAAUAAAGUAGAGUUGGACGAUAGGCGUAACUUUGAAUUGUUACAGUGAUUACUUAAAAUUCAAAUAAACGAGGUUACGUUUCUUCAAUUCAUUACCAAAUUAAAUAUUUGUUAAUAUUGUUUUGAAAAGCAUUAUGACAUUGAUAGAUAAAUAUGUGAAGAAUGUCGUUUACCAAGAUUAAAAUAUCGCCCAACUCUAUUGGAUUCAUUACAAUGACGUUUCUAUCUUUAAGGUUUUAUAUGUGGGUAAAUUUAAAGAUGCUUUGUGAAUUAGGCCAUAAAUGUGUGUCGUCGUGCGUUUUUAUUCUUGUCCGAUAGAACACUUAUACAGAUUCGGCUUAAAUUUUUGUUGGGUAUUGUGAAUUAACAAGAAGAACAGUGACGGCUUCAUAAAAAGCAAUUGCGCGCUAUAUCUCACUUUGUUAUCAAUUUAUUAGUGGGGAGACGUUCCUCUCAGCACACCCAAGGCGUAAAUGUGAUUUUAUUAAGUUCAGUAAUGUACAAUCGCGUUUGGAUGUACUCGUACACCUAAAUGUAGCAGUUACAAGAAUAUUUUAAGAUAAUUUAUUUGACAUGAAAUAUAUUAUUUUAUCUUUUAAAAUAAUAUCAUAUCCCAACUUAUUUGAUUCCUUUUCUGCCAUAGCAGACAUGCAAAAUAAAACAAUAAUUCUGGUUAAAAAUAAACAAAAAAUAAUUCAAAAUUAAACAUUUA